UCGCCGCCGUCUUUGCCGCUAGCCUGUCUCACCUCGCGGCCGGCAGCCUUGCGCGACGCGCCGCGCUCUUUUACAUUCAAAAUUAUUCUCAAUCAUUGCAAAAACUCUCUGUGCAAUAAAAAUAUCUCUUAACUCGCUCCGGCCGCACUUAUUCUGAAAGCAGAGAGACUCUUUGAAACUUUUUUAAACAAAUCACUCACCUUUGAAAGUUUGAAUGCACUCCUCGUUGCAUGUCGCGCGCGUCGUUAUGAGAACCCCGUACUGGCGGUCACGUUGACGUCGCGCGGUGCCGCCAUAUCUGUCUCGGCCACCAACUAGCAAAAUUAAUAGGCUCAAAAAUUCGUUUCACAUCACUAGAAGGAUGCGAUGACCUGAGCAUUCGCUUUUUAAAAAUCCGCUUUUACCCGGAUGGAAUGAGGAGUGCAGAAUCCUAUUGUUUCACAGUUUCUUAUGUUUGAACAUCAUUUGUUUUUUUGUUUUUCGGACUAGAGAGUUGUCAUUUCUUCCAAAAUUACAAAAAAUUGUAAAAUAAGAAUGGCGGAGGGCAAUGGAGAAAUAUCCAUUGAAGAGGUUCCCGGCAAGGACUCUGACACUGGCCGAACUCCGGAUUACCGCAAACUCAUAGAAUAUGGCUUGGACCCAAAGGUAGCAACCAAGCUCGACGAUAUUUAUAAGACUGGAAAGCUAGCGCACGCAGAGUUGGACGAGCGUGCGCUGGACGCCUUAAAAGAAUUUCCAUCCGACGGUGCUUUAAGUGUUCUUGGACAAUUUUUAGAUUCAAAUCUCGAGCAUGUAUCUAAUAAAAGUGCUUAUUUAUGUGGAGUCAUGAAGACCUAUAGACAGAAAAGCAGAGCGGGGGUGCAAGGCGCGCCCGCCCUGACGACCACUGUCCAGGCCAAGGGGCCCGACGAGGACAAGAUCAAACAGAUCCUCGCGCGGACCGGGUACACGUUAGACGUCACCACAGGUCAGCGCAAAUACGGGGGUCCGCCGCCCGGUUGGGAGGGCGGUACGCCCGGCGCCGGCUGCGAGGUGUUCUGCGGCAAGAUCCCCAAGGACAUGUACGAGGACGAGCUCAUCCCGCUGUUCGAGCGCUGCGGCAGCAUCUGGGACCUGCGCCUCAUGAUGGACCCCAUGACGGGCACCAACCGCGGCUACGCCUUCGUGACCUUCACGUCGCGCGACGCCACGCACCGCGCCGUGCAAGAGCUGAAUGAUUAUGAAAUUCGAAAGGGGAAAAAGAUUGGCGUUACGGUUUCCUUUAACAAUCAUCGUUUAUUCGUGGGGAAUAUCCCUAAGAAUCGAGAUCGGGACGAUUUGUUUGAGGAGCUUACUAGGCACGCACCCGGACUCGUAGAAGUUAUUAUAUAUAGUUCGCCCGAUGACAAGAAGAAAAAUAGAGGAUUUUGUUUUUUGGAAUACGAGUCUCACAAAGCGGCGUCCUUAGCUAAACGCAGACUGGGAACUGGUAGAAUAAAGGACGACUUUGUGCAGGUAUGGGGCUGUGAUAUAAUAGUGGACUGGGCCGACCCGCAAGAGGAACCCGACGAGCAAACUAUGAGUAAAGUGAAGGUGUUAUAUGUUCGAAACCUGACUCACGACAUCACAGAGGAGGCGCUGAAGGCGGCCUUCGAACACUACGGCGCCGUUGAACGAGUUAAGAAGAUUAAGGAUUACGCUUUCGUCCAUUUUGAAGACCGAGACUGUGCAGUAAAGGCGAUGCAAGAAAUCGACGGCAAGGAUAUGGGAGGCGCUCGACUGGAGGUGUCGCUGGCGAAACCACCGUCGGACAAGAAGAAGAAGGAGGAGAUACUGCGGGCGCGCGAGCGCCGCAUGACGCAGAUGAUAUACGGGCGCGGCGGAUUUGAUUGGUGCAGCUGCUCGCCGGUGCACGGCGCGAUGCGCGGCCGCACGCCGCAGCCGCAGCCGCGUCCGCCGCAGGCGCGCGGCGACUACGAUUAUGAUUACGACUAUUACGGGUACGGGGAUUACCGAGGUGGCUACAAUGAGCCAUUUUACCGGUACGAUGAGUUCUAUUUUGAUUACGCGGGGCCACCGCAACCGUCCGCCGUCCGCCAGCCUCCCAACAGAGCGCAACCGGGAGCUGGGUCAUGUGGGACGGGCGCGCGAUGGGCGCGGCGAGGGGCCGCGGCUGGGGCCCGUGGUGGUGCGCGUCGCGCCGCUCGUGGCCGCCGCACGCCCAGCGCCAUGCGUGGCAACCCGCGCGCCAAGCCAAGUUUACCAGGUAAACGCAAACUCGACGGGGGUCAGCAGAUCGCUGGGGGGGAGCGCGAGAGCAAGCGGCGGGCGGGCGCGGCGGCGGCGCGCGGCUGGGUCAGCUAGUGGGCUAGUGCCAGCGCGCGCGGCCCCCGCGGAGAGCCCCUGUCCCGGAGACACUACAAGCUGCGCAGGGGAGCACUCGACGCGCCGCCGCGGGACGCUCGGUCUCGGGUUACGUUUACGCCGGUCCCCUGUCCUAGGACUCCUAGCGGGAGGAUCGUUCCACUUUUUUUUUUCUAUAUAUGUGUUUUUUUUUUAUUUGAUUUUCACGUUUUCGAUUUUGUAUCGCGACGAUUCCGUAAAAAUCUAAAAGUAGGACGUUAUGAAAUGUUUCGAAUGUAAGUUUCCCGUUAUGCUUAUGUUUUUCUUUGGUAUAGCCGUACGUAUUUAAUAUAUCUUUAUUGUGAGGCGCGCGGCCGCGUUGCCUGUUGCGCCGCGCGCGGGGUCAACGACCCGUCGACUGUCUGUUUUUUUUUUUAAUACAUGUUAUUCAAUAUAUUUUAUUCCUGCGAACGCAUUUUGCGAUGUGAUGUGUAUUUUAGCAGUAAUUAUUAUAUUAUAAGGAGUUUGACUGUUGUUUUUUGACAUACUUACAACGUAGGCUACUCUGAUGAAGUUAACUCGAUGAUGAAAUGAUGAACCGAUGAAAUGUAAUGAUGAAACGCGACGACUCUACCGAUUACGGCUAAAAUAGUAACAACUGUAAUAUCGAUAACAUUUCCCAACUGUGUUCCUGCUUUAGUUUUUUGCUUUAUUUUUAUUACAUAUUUCCCUUUAAAGUACAUUAGUGUGAGGAAGUAGUAUUGUAAAGUUCAGGAUAUCUGCAAUGUUUAUUAUUAUCGCUGUACUACUAAACUUUUUUGUAUUUCGACCACAUAGCAUGUCCGUACUGUUAGAACUCUGUAUCAAUCUUGUAUCAGUUUAAUAUGUGGAAUAAAUUUGCAAAACUGUGUUUGCCUUAUUA